GCCGUGUCCCGGCUGUCCCCCGAGUACCCCCGGGACGUGCCCCUGCUGCGGGCCGCGCGCUCCGUGUGCCGCGGGGGGCUCGGGGGGCUCUGGGCGGAGACCCUCUACCAGGGCGCCGUGUUCCAGCUGCGCCGCGGGGACCAGCUGGCCGCCACCGCCUCGGCCGGCCGCUUCCUGGACCUGCACGGGCCCGGCCAGGCCUACUUCGGGGUGCUGGGCGUCGAUUAGGGGGG